UCAUUAUGGAACUGGAUUCAGAGUUGGGUCUUCCUACCUCUUUACAGCCUUCCAUGUAGUGGAGGAUGUCUUGGAGAAGAUGUGGAAAACCUUAUAUUGCAAUCUUAAUCCACAUGAAAGGGAAAAAGUAGGUUUAAAGGAAAUAACCAAGGGAGACAGUGUGACUAAACAUCUGCCUGAAACAGGACCAUGGUCUGUUUCCGAAAUGCUUAAGCCCUUGGAUAAAUCUAGAAGAGAACGCCUUAAUUACAUUGCAAAGAAGAUGUUUACUGAUGUUGUGUGUCUAUAUUUUGACUAUGUUGAUGAGGAGUCACAGCUGUCACCUAUUAAGGUAGCAUAUGACAUAACAUUUGUUGCACGGAGCCGUGAUCAUGAUUUUGUGAUCAUGGAACUCGCAAAAGACAGUCAUUGUCCAUUUCCAGAAAAGAUGUGGUUACAAAAGUAUUAUAUCCGCAACCAAAGCCAAAAAAUCAUUUUAGUAGGGCAUCCAAACGGGAAUGUUGCAAAGUGUGAUGAGUACAAGAUUAUCGAUGAGGAUGAUUUUAAAGAAUGGAAGUCAAACAACAUAACUCAUUUCAAGGAGCAAGAUUUUAAUGAUGACGUCAUAGACAGUAUGAGAGCCUUCAGUGCUCAGAAAAGAAAAUAUUUUUCCAUGCUACAUAUAACAUGGGAAAAGGCUGUUCUGGAGGGCCAAAUUAAUAGUAGUCUGAACCCAAAGGUUAUUGGUUUUUACCAAAGUGGGCUGCCUGUUGCUUUGUAUAAUAAUUACAGAUGCGAAGAUGCUGAGAAAAUCAAGGAAAAUAAGCCAGAUGCAUUCAUUGAAAUGGGAUUAUCAACGGAAGUUAUUGCAGAGGUUUUGAGUACUGAUGAAAAAUUCUCAUACCUAUUGGAAGAUAUUUUUUGA